GGACAUCACUUGUCUGAUGAACUGAAACUCCCCGGGAGAUACCGAGGGAGGAAGAUGGCGGCCACUGACCGUUCCCGGUCCGAAGCGGCGAAGCAGCGGCGGCAGGAUCAGCUGCAGCGGUGGCAGGGCUCGGAGACGGACCGGACCGGGGUGGAGGCGAGGAUCCUGUCCUCGGCUCCCGGAAACCGGCGGGCCCGAGUGCGCUUCGCCCAGGGCGCUGUGUUCAUGGCCGCUUGCUCCGCCGGAGACCGGGAGGAGGUGGCGGAGCUCCUGCGACAGGGAGCUGAUAUCAAUCACGCCAAUAUAGACGGGCUGACGGCACUGCAUCAGGCCUGUAUUGAUGAAAAUGCUGACAUGGUUCAGUUUCUGGUGGAGAGCGGCAGUGACGUGAACCGAGGAGACAACGAAGGCUGGACGCCCCUCCACGCUGCGGCCUCCUGCGGUUUCAUCCAGAUCACAAAGUACUUGAUCGAGCACGGCGCACAAGUGGGAGCGGUGAACAGCGAGGGAGAACUUCCUCUCGACGUCGCUACGGAGGACGUCAUGGCGAGACUGCUGAAAGCAGAGAUUAAAAAACAGGGUAUUGAUGUGGACCAGGCCCGGAGAGAGGAGGAGCGAGUGAUGCUCCAGGACGCCAUGGCCGUGUUGGCAGGAAGUGGCUCUCUGGUCCCUCAUCUGAACACUCAGGCCACCGCACUGCAUGUCUCCGCUGCUAAAGGAUACAUCGAGGUGUUAAAGGUGCUGUUGAAGUGUGCGAUAGAUGUGGACAGCCGGGACAGUGACGGCUGGACGGCUUUCCACGCGGCGGCUCACUGGGGUCAGGAAGAGGCUUGCAGUCUAUUGGCUGAACACAUGUGUGACAUGAGCGCCGUCAAUAAUGUGGGCCAGACGGCACUCGACGUAGCCGAUGAGAACAUCGUCGAUAACUUGGAGGAACUGCAGAAGAAGCAAAAAGCUAUGCGUUCAGAGCUACAGAAGAUCAAGCCGCCCGUCAUUGACACCAGCCCACCGGUUUCCAUGGCACCAGCUCGCCCUCGCAGGACGUCCAUCUCUCGUAUGAGCAGCAGAGAGAAGAUCACCCUGCAUGAGCGAGAGAAGCAUGCUCCGCCCACUCUUCAGACUCCGCCCACAGAAGAGGACGAAGACGAGUCGACGCGCUCAGCCGGCCAAUCCAAACCCUCCAGCAGCUCCAGUUCAGAAGAAGAGAGCGAAUCAGAGAGCGACGCAGAGUCAGAAAAAGCAAAAACUCGAGAACUGAUCAACAACUUGAACAACAAACGCAAUGCAGCGGCCGUAGCGAGCUCUGUGACCAGCACUGCCCUCAACCAGGUUAAAAAGGCUGAACCCGUUCGGGCCCCGGUGACCGAGGCUCCGGGUUCCUGGAGAACGUCUCUGCGUAAAGCGGGAAGUUCUGUGACGCUGGGCUCGGCCGGGGCCUCUGAUCCAACCACUGAGGCCCUCAAGGACCCCGAGACCAAACUGGGAAUGACACGCUCUGCAUCCAGUCCCAGACUGAGCUCAGAAACUGAAAAUAAGGAGCCCAGGUUGGCCCGUGUGCAGCCCACCCCGUCCAGGCGCUUAUUCAGCAUCAGCGACACCAGCGCCAGCACCAACCCCGACAGCUCCAGCAGCUUGUUGAGCCGGAGCUCUUCGUACACACGCCGAUUGAACAGCCAAUCCACUGGAGAAGUGUCGGGUCCAAACCCCUCGUUACCUCGCAGCUCAUCUUAUGGAAGGAAACUUGACGACCCUUCAGUGACCUCUGUAACCACGGGAACCUCUGGACUCAGUCGCCUCAAUAGUCUUCUGGCUCAGAGGUCGGCUCAGGAAGAGGCUGAAAAGAAGGAGCCCGUCUCCAAUUCUGUGCCCACGACAACCACAUCAGGCGAGCCAGAGACCAAACAGAGACGCAAGUCCUAUCUGACUCCUGUGCGCGACGAGGAAGCGGAAGCUCAAAGAAAAGCCCGAUCCAGACAUGCCCGUCAGUCCAGACGCUCCACACAGGGAGUUACUCUCACAGAUCUGCAGGAAGCGGAGAAGACAAUGAAGACGGAAAACAAGGGAAAGGAGAAGAAAGAGGAGGAGGAGAAAGAAGCGAAGCAGAAGAAGGCAGAGGAAGGGGAGGUGAGCUGGCGCUCUCGUAUCGCUAACCUGCAGAAGUCGGAUUUGCUGGGACUCACACACCCCCCUGGUGCUCCACGUCCUGACAGACAAGAUGCAGACAGCGCAGCCGCAGACAUUGAGGAGCGAGCGAGGGAGCGCAGGAGAGCCAGAGCGAGGAGAAGAGGAAAAACUGGAGAGGGCGAUGACUAUGAUCCCAGUGGAGAGGAGGAGAGUAGUGGUGGGCGGGACCCACAGACAGACAGACACGUGAGCAGCAGGUUUGAUUCGGUCUUGAAUGACUGUAUCACGAGAGGAUCGGAGUCCCGGGACUUUAAGAAGUUGUUUGAGGAGAUGUCCAGAGAGAACCGCCGUCUGCAGUCACAGUUAUCAGACACACAGAGAACCAUUUCACUGACCCGCGUGGAGCUGGAAAAGGCCACACAGAGGCAGGAGAGAUUCACGGACUGCACGGCUCUGCUGGAAAUGGAAAAGAAGGAGAAAAAGAUGUUAGAGAGGCGAGCCGCUGAGUUGGAAGAGGAGUUAAAGGUUUUAGGGGAUCUGAGAGCGGACAACCAGAGGCUGAAGGACGAGAACGGUGCGCUCAUCAGAGUCAUCAGCAAACUCUCCAAAUAGAGCGAGAGAAGGACGAGCAGAAGACCGAGAGAGAGAGAAAGAGAAACUCACAACCCCACACACACACACACACACCGACAUCCUUCCCGAGAGCCAAAGAAGGGAAAAGAGGAGGAGAGGAACGACAGAGAGGAAUGUCACUGUUUGAUGACGGGAUCUUUUACCUUCCUGCAGGACUGUGUGUGUGUGUGUGUGUGUGGCGUGUUUCAACUUCAUCCAUGUUCUCAGGAGGCCAACAAGCGAGGAGGAGAUGCAACCGAGCUCUCUUUCUCUCUCUCACACACACACACUCGCACUCGUGCACCAUGCACAUUCCCAUAAGCGUGAGCGCACACACUCCACACACAUUCCACGAGUCUCAGGCAGCUGAAGUCUGCAGUAUUUUUGCAUCUUUGCACAAACACACACACACACACACACACGAUUGAGAGGUUCUCCACUAAAGGUGGUCUGAAUAUGCCAGCUCGACAAUCAUUCGUUGACAUUGGUGCAGAUUUUCAUGCUUGCCGAAAACACGCCAGGCUGUUGUUUCGCAGCUAGUUAUGCUAUGCAUCUUUUUUUAAAAAGCGACACGUAUGGCGAGCGAUGCGGAAAUGUCUAUUUUCGUAUUUUUUACCCUCGUUUGAUCCAUCCUUGCUCCUGUCGUCGAGGGCGACGGCUUUUGUUUAUUGUGUAAAUGUACAAAUAUUACGCAUUUGAACUCCUAACGCUAUAAACUGUAACUUGGUAUCAGCUCUAUUUUCUCCACGUGUUGUUUUUCUAAUAUAUUAAAUGACUGUUGGCACUUAAUAAAAUAUCUGUGUUUGUA